CGAGCAGCCCAGGGAGACUUGAGCUAGCUGCUGACGAGUGGCUCAGGCCGUGGGGUCCGAGCGAGCGUCCGGGGCCGGAGACCCAGGAAGUGGGCGGCGGCGGCGGCGUCUGGCAGCCCUCGUGGGCGUCAGCUUAACGGGAAAAAGAAUCACAUCUGAUUUAUAAACGUGUGGUUAAAGUUGAGUGGCAUUCUACUCUACAAAUUAUGGCACUUCCCUUCCGAAAGGACUUGGAGAAGUACAAGGAUCUUGAUGAAGAUGAACUCCUUGGUAAACUUUCAGAGACUGAAUUACAACAGUUGGAAACUGUUCUUGAUGACCUUGACCCUGAGAAUGCACUUUUACCUGCAGGCUUCCGGCAAAAAAAUCAGACUACAAAGAAUGCCACAGGACCUUUUGACAGAGAACAUUUGCUUUCAUACUUGGAGAAGGAAGCAUUGGAACAUAAAGAUAGGGAAGACUUUGUACCCUUCACUGGAGAAAAAAAAGGAAAAAUAUUCAUCCCUAAACAGAAACCCAUACAAUCUUACACAGAAGAAAAAGUAUCCCUUGAUCCAGAAUUAGAAGAGGCUUUGACAAGUGCUUCUGAUACAGAAUUGUGUGACCUUGCAGCUAUCCUUGGAAUGCAUAAUUUGAUAACCAACACCCAACUCUGUGAUAUAGUAGGAAGUAAUAAUAGUGUGGGCAAAGAUGAUUUUUCAAAUGUGGUAAAAGGUGAAAAAAUCCUGCCAGUGUUCGAUGAGCCACCAAAUCCUACAGAUGUGGAGGAGAGUUUACGGAGGAUUAAGAAAAAUGAUUCUCGUCUUAUUGAAGUAAACUUGAAUAAUAUAAAGAAUAUUCCAAUUCCAACCCUCAAGGAAUUUGCAAAAGCUUUGGAAAACAAUACACAUGUGACAUGUUUCAGUCUUGCAGCCACCCGGAGCAAUGACCCUGUUGCUGUUGCAUUUGCAGACAUGCUGAAAGUGAAUAAAACAUUGAAGAGCUUAAAUUUGGAGUCCAAUUUUAUUACAGGAGCUGGUGUUCAAGCACUGAUUGAAGCCUUAAAAGAAAAUGAAACCCUGGCUGAAAUCAAGAUUGAUAACCAGAGGCAGCAAUUGGGGACAGCUGUUGAAUUGGAAAUGGCCAGGAUGCUUGAGGAAAACACAAAGAUUCUUAAAUUUGGAUAUCAGUUUACACAACAGGGACCACGAACCAGAGCAGCCAAUGCUAUAACAAAAAACAAUGAUUUAGUUCGCAAGAGACGAGUUGAAGGAGAUCACCAAUAAAUUUACCAGGAUACCAACUUUGCAACACUUCAAAAGGGCACCAAGGCCUUCAUCUUGAUUUCAGAUUUAAAAUUUGCCUAGGUAGAAGGGAAAAGACUGGAAACUUCAUUCCUUUUUUUAUAUAUAUACUGUAUACAUAAUUUUUUCACCUUAUGAGAUGUUAUAGCAGCAUCAAAUUCUGUAAAAUCAAUAAUAAUCUUUUUUAUAUUUUGGAACCUGUUUUCUGCUUUUUGCUCAAAUCAAUUUUAGUUUAAUUUAAAUGUGCUUGCUUGUAAGGAAUUAUUGGAUAAAGAGGAAUCCAAUUGAACUGUUACCCAAAGGAGAGAGAAAAUUGGACAAGUCAUUAAGUGGAAAGGUUAAUUCUUUUUUUAAGAAUACUUUUUUUUUUUUUUUUUUUUUUUUUUUUUACUGAAAAGGGACACUGCAGACAUCUGCAGUUAUUACAGUUGCCAUUACUUUUAUAGAUACCUGGCACUUAAGCUUUCAUAUGAUUAAUCUUAAAAUGUUUUCAUUUUUAGAAUGUGUGCCUACAAUAAGCUGGUACUCUCUUUCAAGAAAGAGAAUGCCAGAACUUAGAAGCACAAUACUUAAAAUAUAUCCUAGGAUAUCCUUCUAUAUCCUAGAAGAAGCAAAAUCUUCUAGGAGGGGGAAACAUAUGUUUUUGAUACAUUCCAGAGUAUAAGUAGCUCUCUGAUCUGAAAUGUCUUAAACAAUACAUGUUCAAAUAUAUUUCAAACAAGCCUGUCAGCCUUUUCAUGUUGCAUAACUUCAAAUACACAGGUAAAUCCAAGUUAAUUGUAGUUUUCUUUCAGAAAGAAUGCAGUGGACAUAUUUUCUGUAAAGACACUUCCCUCAGUGAAUGAAUGCUAGCUUCUUCUUUAAAAAACAUAUCCAGUUUAUUAACUUAUUUUUGUUUAUUCAGGACAACAAAGGAAUUCCUUAUUAUUUAGUACCUCCAAAUUGCAAAUAGGACCUAUUAAUGUUUCCAUGUUAUUUAAUGGUAAAAUGUUAGUAAAUUUGAAAGCGGCAUUUUUGUGAAUUAUUUUAGAAAUUGUAUGGUAUAGUAGGAAAUAUCAGGCUAGCCAUAUGUAACUGUACAAACAGUAUUUACUCAACACUGUAAUUUUGUCAGUCAGUAAGAAAAAUUACUUUUCUCUUUAUUUUUCUCUUCCUACUUUGUAUUCACACUGUGUAAAAUUAACUCCACAAAUGAAAACAAGUUUUCCAGUUAUUAUAAAAGCAACCCAAGAGAAGAAGCCACUUGGUUAGAUUAUCUGAUUGAUGAGAGAUUCAAGAAUCAAAAUCUACACAAGAGAAUUUGCUUUUGGUUCACUUAUCUCUGGGCUGUCCUUGAAAUGAUAAAAUGGCCAAAUAUAGACAAUUGAAAGACAUUUAGGUAAAUCCCUAAUUCAUAAUUGAGGGUAAUGGCAUUUUUAGGGAGAAUUUCUAAAGGAGAAUAUUGAAUUUUUACUCUUUGUUGUCUUUUUAAACUUUUUUGUUGAAUUAUAUCAUUUGCUUCUUGUAUUGGUUCUGGACUACCUAAUAAGCCAGAAAUAAUCCUUUUAAUUUAUGGACUAAGACUUCUUUCAUCAUAAUUUUGAUGUUUAUCUUUGUCCAGGGUUUAUAGAAUCUAGAAUAGUGGAUAAUAGUCAGUUUGGCUAUUAGUUAUUUAUAGUCCUUUUAAUUAAUUUUUAUAUUAACCAGGCUAUUCUUUAAAUCACUAGUCAUAUUUUUUAAUUGCACUAUUUAAAAGACUGCACAAUUUCAGCAAGAUUGGAAGUCAAGCAAGGAAUAGAAUAAUACUGCACUGAAAGAUAUUGAUGGUUUUUGCCUAAUGCCAUUUUAGCAAGCCUUCCUCACUUAUGUUCACAUUAUACACACACACACACGCACACACACACAUAUAUAAUACAUAUGUACGUAUGUAUGUGUAAGCAUGUGUGUAUGUCACUAAAGCAACUUUUGAAUGUGUAGAUUCUCCCUCCAUACCCCACUUUGACUAAGGUUUAAAACAUUUAUAGGUAGAUGGUAUCCAUUGACCCUACCUGGAUUUUUGUAUCAUAUUUACAGAAAUAUCUUUUUUACAUUUUCUAUUUAUUAAGAGUAUUGCUGUGUUGAACAUUUUGUUAAUACCAUUCCAGUGCCAUACUGUAAUUCAAAAUUUAAUUUGGGAAAAACUGUUUCUCUUGAAUUCUCAUCAGAGAUAAAAUGUGUAUGUUUAAAUGUAGACUAUUUCCAUAAAAGAAUGAGUGACCCAUUUUAAAGGAAGGAACUGCUUUCUUUGCUUGUUUUCUAAAGAUCAGCAUCCCUUUAGCAGUGAUUCCCUCAUGCUCUGAAAUUUACAAUGGCUUAAUUAACCAGAUACUUUAUUGCUACACCAAAGACAUUUUUCUCUAAAACUAAGUUUUGUAGUCCAACCAGAAACUACAGUGUGGUCAUCUUUUUUGUCUUUGGGUUAGUUUUUUAGAGCUUUUAUUAAAGCCUUAGAAAAAUAAUGAACAACCUUUAUUAAUCUAAAAUAACUUUUCCAAUAUAUUUGCCUGUAAUUAAUAGUACAUAUUUUAAAG